UAUAUAUAGUUUCUCUUUCUACAGUACUCACAGCUCACAUACCAUAACUCUCCAUCUCUCUAGGAUAUGUAUUACGUACAGAGAAGAAGACUGAAGAAAACCCAUCCAGAAAAGGAAGGAAAACUAUUUGAAGAAGGAGAUUUUUGUUAAAGCAAUCAUGUUUAGCUUUAGAUGCCAGGCUGUAACAUGGAGUUUACUGAGUGCUUACAUUUUUUUUUGGGCAAGUUGACUAAUUUUGAAAUAUAUGAAUAAUGCUGGGUUGGUUUGUGAAUUGUGAUCUCAGUGAAGAAAUCAGAAUCGGCAAUCGGUUUAUUGACGGAUGCAAAGGUGUUAAUGCGGUGUAUUUGGUUGGAGUUGGUGGAUUUAGCAACUCGAAAAGACUUCCAUCUUUAUAAGGCGCACUUCUCAAAUUUCUUGUUUGGAGUUGGUUGAUUUUAGCAGCUUGAAAAGACUCUUAAUAAAUUGCUUUUGUCAAGUUCUUCAUGUCCAUUGCUUUUGGGUGCAAACUUGCUCAAAGUUCUCCAGAGAUUACGAGGGGUUUUGGUAUCCAGUUCUACCCGUGCUACAUUGAGCUACAGUCUACAGUUGGAGCUGCAGCUGCUACAUAGAAAAGCUGUGUGGUCGGAACUUGGAACUUCACUGGUUGGAUUUUAAUAUUGAGCUUGUUCAUGUCAAACGGGUUGCUUAGUGAUGUUGUAGUGCUAGUUUACUGCGAUCUCUGGGCUUGCUAACUAUCUAAAUCAAAUUAGGAGUCUGAAACUCUGACUAGAGAAUAUAGGCAGCCCAGCAUGCUUCAGCGAGUACUUUCUGCUUCUGUGCCAAUGCUGCUGAUUGCAGUUGGCUAUGUUGAUCCUGGGAAAUGGGCUGCAAUGGUUGAUGGAGGAGCCCGGUUUGGGUUUGAUUUGGUCAUGCUAGUACUCUUGUUCAAUUUUGCUGCCAUUCUGUGCCAGUAUCUGUCUGCUUGUAUAGCCUUGGUUACAGACCGAGAUCUUGCGCAGAUUUGCAGUGAAGAAUAUGACAAAGUUACAUGCAUAUUCCUAGGAAUUCAAGCUGAGGUUUCGAUGAUUGCUUUGGACCUCACAAUGGUUUUGGGGACUGCACAUGGGCUUAAUGUUGUGUUUGGAAUUGACCUGUUUAGCUGUGUUUUUCUGACUGCAACCGGUGCCAUUUUGUUUCCACUGCUUGCUUCUCUCUUUGACAAUGGCAGUGCAAAAUUCUUAUGUGUUGGCUGGGCAAGCUCUGUACUGCUCUCUUAUGUUUUUGGAGUGGUCAUAACUCAACCUGAAACUCCAUUCUCCAUUGGUGGUAUGCUGAAUAAGUUUAGUGGAGAGAGUGCAUUUGCAUUGAUGAGUCUUCUUGGAGCAAGUAUUAUGCCUCACAAUUUUUACCUCCAUUCUUCUAUUGUACAGCAAGGUAAGGAAUCAACAGAGCUUUCCAGGGGAGCUCUGUGUCAGGACCAUUUUUUUGCCAUUGUUUUCAUAUUCAGUGGCAUUUUCCUGGUCAACUAUGCCGCGAUGAAUUCAGCAGCCAAUGUGUCUUAUAGUACUGGCCUUUUGUUGCUGACAUUUCAGGACACAUUGUCAUUGCUCGAUCAGGUGUUCAGAAGCUCAGUAGCACCAUUCACCAUAAUGCUGGUUACAUUUAUUUCCAAUCAAGUUACACCACUAACUUGGGAUCUUGGUAGACAAGCAGUUGUGCAUGACUUAUUUGGAAUGGACAUCCCAGGCUGGCUUCAUCAUGUGACGAUCAGAGUUAUUUCCAUUGUCCCAGCCCUUUAUUGUGUAUGGAAUUCAGGAGCUGAAGGCCUAUAUCAGUUACUAAUAUUAACACAGGUUGUGGUAGCUCUUGUGCUUCCAUCUUCUGUCAUACCCCUGUUCAGAGUUGCUUCUUCCAGAUCAAUUAUGGGUAUUCACAAAAUUUCUCAGUUAAUGGAGUUCUUAUCUCUUGGCACAUUUAUUGGCUUACUUGGCCUAAAGAUUAUAUUUGUCAUAGAGAUGAUAUUUGGAAAUAGUGAUUGGGUUAAUAAUUUAAAGUGGACUAUUGGGAGUAGUGUGUCUACUCCAUAUGUUUUUCUCCUCAUUGCAGCCUCUUUAUCUCUUUGUCUGAUGCUGUGGUUAGCAGUUACUCCACUGAAAUCUGCAAGUUCCAGGUUCGAUGCUCAGGCAUUUCUGCAAACGCCUAUGCCUGAGCCAUAUUUAGAGUGUAAUCAACUUGGUGCGAGUAAUACUAUGUUUGGUCUAGUAGAAGGGUCCUCCCAAAAGCAAGAAGGUGCAUUUCAUGUGGAUAAAUCCUUGGUAAGCCAUCCAGAUUUAUCAACUAAAGAUCUUGAUCAACUCUUGCCAGAAUCACUCUUGGAUUUUGAAAAGGUCCAUCAUUUGGCUACUAUUGAUGAGAGCAAAUCUGAAACAACAUUUUCAGCUCCUGCUGUCGGUCAUCCUGAGGUAUCUGUAUCAGCAGGAGCAAGUUCCGGUGUGAAAAGUGUUUGUAAUGAGGUGUCUGGUGUUGUAUCUGUGGAUACCAGUGUCUUCAAUACUGAAUCUGUGGAUGUCGUAGAGAAGACUCUCAGAAUUGAAGGGGACAUAGCAAAUGACAGGGAUGAUGGAGAUUCGUGGGAGGAGCCUGAAGAGGCAAUCAAAGGAGUAUCUGAGAACACUCAAUCUUUUAUUUCUGAUGGUCCGGGGUCAUACAAAAGUCUAAGUGGAAAACUAGAGGACAUGGGGAGUGGUACGGGAAGUCUAUCAAGAUUAGCAGGUCUUGGUCGCGCAGCUAGGAGGCAGUUAACAGAAGCUCUAAAUGAGUUUUGGGGGCAGCUUUUUGAUUACCAUGGCAUGGCCACAGCAGAAGCAAAGUCCAAGAAACUGGAUAUAAUACUUGGUCUGGAUUCAAAGAUGAGUCCAAAACCUGCCCCUGCAUCAUUAAAAGUGGAAAGCAGUGCGUAUAUUCCAUCGGGGAGUGCAAGGAUACCAGAGUCUCUGAUCAACUCGAAUAUGUACUCUCCCAAGCAGCAAUUUGCGUCAAGCAUUGUGGACUCUGCUUAUAGAGUCCCAAAGGAGCCUUCUUCGACAUCUUCUAUGUGGUCUAACCAUAUGAAAUUAGUAGGUGCGUACGUGCAAAGUUCCAACAGCAACAUACUUGACCCAGGGGAGAGGCGCUAUUCUAGUAUGCGGAUUCCAGCGACUUCUGCUGGCUAUGAUCAGCAGCCUGCCACUGUGCAUGGAUAUCAAAUUACUGCUUACCUUAAUCAACUUGCGAAAGAAAGAGGAUCUGAUUAUUUAAAUGGGCAACUGGAGUCACCAUCUCCUCGUUCUGUAUCAUCACUGACGUCAAACUAUGCCGAACCAUUGGCUCGUGCUUCGGGGCAAAAACCCCAGAGUGGAGUCAGUAGUCGAGCACCACCUGGUUUUGGAAAUGUCCCUGUAGCCCGAAAUAAUUCCAUGCAGCCCAAUAACACCUCUAUCGACCUUAGCUCUACUGAAACUGCUGAAAGCGUGGCUGGCUCAGCCAACUCUAAGAAGUACUACAGCUUGCCUGAUAUCUCAGGGCGCUAUGUUCCUCGCCAAGAUUCUUUAGUCUCAGAUGGGAGAGCUCAAUGGUACAAUUCCAUGGGAUUCGAACAAUCUGGUGGUCGAUCUACGUACGAACAAGCCUAUAUGAGUGGUUCACUUAGGGCAGGUGGUCCUCAGAGGUAUGAACAUUCUCCUAAAGUCUGCAGAGAUGCGUUCUCCUUGCAGUACAGCUCCAAUUCAGGGACUGGAUCCUUGUGGUCUAGACAGCCUUUUGAGCAAUUUGGUGUAGCUGGUAAGCCAGAUGUUGGUAGCGGUGAUCAUGGAACUGUGCAGAGUUCAUCUGCUCAGGAGAGUACAUCUACGGUUGACUUGGAAGCUAAGCUGCUUCAGUCUUUCAGAAGUUGUAUUGUGAAACUUCUGAAACUGGAAGGAUCUGAGUGGUUAUUUAGGCAAGAUGAUGGGGCUGAUGAGGAUCUUAUAGGUCGGAUUGCUGCAAGAGAGAAAUUUCUCUAUGAAGCUGAAACUAGGGAGAUAAGUAGGUUGACCAACAUUGGUGAAUCACACUUCUCUUCCAACAGGAAACCUGGUUCUGCCCCAAAACCUGAAGAGAUGGAUUACACCAAGUUCUUGGUGAUGUCAGUUCCUCACUGUGGAGAAGGUUGUGUUUGGAAAGUAGAUCUGAUUGUAAGCUUCGGUGUGUGGUGCAUUCACAGAAUUCUUGAGCUUUCACUUAUGGAAAGUAGGCCAGAGUUGUGGGGCAAAUAUACCUAUGUUCUCAACCGUCUUCAGGGCAUAGUAGAUCUGGCAUUUUCGAAGCCCCGUUCUCCUACGAGCCAUUGUUUUUGUCUUCAAAUUCCGGUUGGCCGCCAGCAAAAGGCAAGCCCCCCUCCAAUUUCAAAUGGAAACUUGCCGCCACAAGCAAAACAGGGCCGAGGAAAAUGCACGACUGCAGCAAUGCUCUUAGAGAUGAUCAAAGACGUGGAGACGGCAAUUUCCUGUCGAAAGGGACGAACGGGCACUGCAGCAGGGGAUGUAGCCUUUCCUAAAGGAAAAGAGAACCUGGCAUCCGUCCUCAAGCGCUAUAAACGUCGACUAUCCAAUAAGCCAGUAGGAAACCAGGAGGUGGGUGGAGUUGCUGGACCACGCAAAGUAACGCUGUCGGCCUCGUCACCCCCGUUCGUCUUGUAAUGCUCCUUUCUCAGUUCAUAGCAAUUGACUGGUGAGAUCACCAUUGUUAGACUUGUUCUUAGUUUCUGUGAAUUAUCCCCCCUUCCUCAACUACCUCCCUGUAUCUCAUGUGUAUUUGAAUCUUUGCAGCUUAUUCACCCCACCCCUUGUACCUCAAUCUGUAUACAUAGGAUAAAAUGUUGUAACGAGGUUAAUGUAAAACUGCAAUGGUGAAAUGAAACGGGCUAAAAGGCAGGAAAAGAUGUUAUUACAAGAUAUGUA